CUUUUUGCUCGCAGAGACACUUUUUGAUUGGAGCGUGUCUCUUUGCUGUUCCGGCUCUCUUGGUUUGCUUAGGAGCCAAAUCAAUCUAGGUUUUUGGAUUUUUUGCUCCCAAGAACUCCACUAGGAUUCUUGGUUCAAACAAUUUCGAGUGUUGUUCCUUAUACAAAUAAGAUGUCACGAGUCGAGAGAAUUUCGAUGCGUGAUGUGAAGAUCGCGGAACGUUGGAUUCGGGAACGCAUUAAAGACGAAGCCGCAUCGCAGUUCGAUCUCCAAGAAGCUCUAUUAGCUUCUAGACAAGCUACUCCUCACCCUUACUCGACUCAUCCAAAAGAGUGGCCGCCGUUGAUUGAGGUGGGAGAGAAUUGGAAAUUGCCUCGUGAAGUUCUUGAGAGGUAUGAUGCAGCCGAUGAGGUUUUCUUUGGAAGUUUUCCGGAGAUUCAAUGUGCUUGGGCAGUUUUAGACAAUUCUUUUCUCCUAUGGAGUUUUGUGAAAAGGAAUGGGCCAUGUCAUCAGUAUAACGUGGAGGAGCAUCAUAUUUGUGCGACUGGUCUAGCCAAAUGUAGACCUGGAGUGUUUCGUGAAGAAAUUAAAUAUCUUUUGGUGCUGGCAACUGAUGUUGAGUUGGUUCUUGUUGGAUUGUCCCGCACUAAAGGACCUGAUGGUAGAGAUCCAAAUGCUGAAAUUUUAGUAAAGCCUCUGCCUGGCUAUACAAUCUUAUCUGAUGGAGUUGCAAUGGCAUGCGUUACAUCUACCAAUAAUGGGCGCAUUUUCAUGGCUGGACAUGAUGCUCACAUAUAUGAGCUGCUAUAUACAACUGGUACAGGGGCUGAUCAACGUUGUCGUAAAGUCUGCCUCACUGCAGGCACAACUAGUAUGAUCUCGAGGUUGGUUCCGCCAAAUGUAUUCCAGUUUGGAGCUGUAGAUCCUGUUGUAGAGAUGGUUGUUGAUAAUGAAAGGCAAAUUUGUUAUGCCCGCACUGAAGAGAUGAAACUUCAAGCAUAUGUUUUUGGGCCAAAUGGGGAAGGCUCUCUUAAGAAGGUGGCGGAAGAAAGGAAUCUAUUAAAUCAGAGGAAUGCGAGCCUAGGAAUUAGUCAGUCCGCAAGGCCAGGUCGAUCUAACAAGCCAUCCAUAAUCAGCAUUUCGCCAUUGUACAUGCCAGAAUCGAAAUGGUUGCACCUUGUUGCAGCAAUGUCAGAUGGCAGGAGGAUGUAUCUUUCCACUUCCUCAAGUGGAACUGGUAGUAGUAUUAGCUUCAGUGAGUUCAACAACCACCCUCAGACUCCAAACUGUCUGAAAGUGGUUUCAACUAGGCCAUCACCUCUAUUAGGGGUCGGUUUUGGAGCAGCAACUAUAGCCGGAACAACUCAGAAUGAAGACCUCUUGAUGAAUGUUGAAACAGCAGAUUAUUUGUUUGGAACUCUUGUUCUUUCAGAUGUAUCGCCAAAUUCUUUGGUUUCGCUUCAUGUUGUUAGCAGAGAUCCAACCGCGCACUCUCAGGUUGGCAGCAGUUCAGGGCAAAGUUCUCGGGCUUUACGGGAAUUUGUGUCCACUCUACCCAUCGAAGGCAGUAUAGUUUUUGUGACAGAUGUACUCCCGUCUUCUGAUACUGCCGCUACUGUUCAAUCAUUAUAUGCAGAACUUGGUUACUGUGGACUCGAAGUCUCGGGAGAGCCUUAUGAAAAGGCAUGUGCAAAACUCUGGGCCAGAGGUGAUCUUUCGACUCAGCAUAUUUUGCCAAGGAGAAAGAUUGUUGUCCUAACCACCAUGUGUGUGAUGGAACUGGUUUUGAAUCGACCUGUCGAUAUUUUGAGAAAUUUUUUGGAAUCCAACCCUCCAAGGUCCCUUAUAGAAGAUUUUUUCACCCGAUUUGGAUUAGGCGAAGCAGCUGCCAUGUGUAUGAUGUUGGCUGCCCGGAUAAUAGAUUUUGACGAUUCAGUUAGUAAUACUGUUUCCGAUAUAGCAGCUGGCGCGUUUGAUGACAUGAGUUACGUUGUUCAAGAAGGCAAGCACCCUUUCUCAGCUGCUCACGAAGGGAUCUCCCUCUGUACAUCAAGAUUAUUGUUUCCCCUAUGGAAUCUUUCUGUGAUGUCCAAAGAGACCAGUUCUGAUGGAAUGAUUAUUUGUCGUCUUUCUACUGGUGCUAUGAAUGUGCUGGAAAGUAAGAUUCGUUCGUUGGAACGAUUCUUAAGAUCUAGAAGAGACCAGGGAGAGGGGCAUUAUGGACGUUUUACUAAGAACUUAUUUGGAGCAUCUUCCAGCAGAAACGAGUCAGCAAAUAAAAGACAGCGGUUUCAAUAUAGUAUUCAACGAUUGCCUGCCAUGGAGGUGAGGUCCAUCGAGUGUACUAGGCAGUUGCUACUCAGAUUUGCAGAAGCCCUUGACCUACUCCAAUUUCUUUCUCAACAUCAUGUUGUAUUUCAAGGGCUUGAGGCAAGCUUUAGGCAAGCUUUGGUUCGGUUGACAUUCGAUCAGCUAGUUUGUUCUCAAGAUGGUGAGCAAAUUGCAACAAGGCUCGUAUCUGCUGUGAUGGAGAAUUAUAAUGGCUCGGAUGGUGAGGGAAGAGUUGACGAUAUAAGCAGGAGACUUCGUGAUGGUUGUCCAAGUUACUUAAAAUAGGCUGUUUACAACAAGAAUGACUCAAGUCCUUUCUUCUUCUGAUCCAUUUAUCAAAGGAGAUUACAUUAACUUGGAGAUUGACUCUUGUGGUGGAGUCAAUGGUACUGAGCUUUACCCUGAUGUCAAAUACAUGACCGUGAGCGAGUUUAUUGAUACUCUUUUCUAGAAUUAUAACCAAAUAGCAAAAGGAUCA